AUGAAGCUGCAGCCGGCCGGCUACGGUCAGCCCUUCGCCAUCCUCAGCGAGGAGAACGUCCACCCGGGCGACGGCACCUACCAGUUCAGCUUCCAGACAGAGAACGGCAUCUCACGUAACGAGAACGGCAGCCCCAAAGCCGGUUACGGCAAAUCCGAGUACGGCCAGCCCACCGGCGGCUACGUACAGCAGGGUGGCUGGAGCUACAGCGACGACUACGGCAACCCCAUCCAGACCGAGAACGGCAUCUCACGUAACGAGAACGGCAGCCCCAAGGCCGGCUACGGUAAAUCCGAGUACGGCCAGCCCACCGGCGGCUACGUACAGCAGGGUGGCUGGAGCUACAGCGACGGCUACGGCAACCCCAUCCAGGUGACGUUUGUUGCCGACGAAAACGGCUACCAGCCGUCUAGCGACAUCCUGCCGACGCCGACCGAGAACGGCAUCUCACGUAACGAGAACGGCAGCCCCAAGGACGGCUACGGUAAAUCUGAGUACGGCCAGCCCACCGGCGGCUACGUCCAGCAGGGCGGCUGGAGCUACAGCGACGAUUACGGCCACCCCGUCCAGACCGAGAACGGCAUCUCACGUAACGAGAACGGCAGCCCCAAGGACGGCUACGGCAAAUCCGAGUACGGCCAGCCCACCGGCGGCUACGUCCAGCAGGGUGGCUGGAGCUACAGCGACGAUUACGGCCACCCCGUCCAGACCGAGAACGGCAUCUCACGUAACGAGAACGGCAGCCCCAACGCCGGCUACGGCAAAUCCGAGUACGGCCAGCCCACCGGCGGCUACGUCCAGCAGGGCGGCUGGAGCUACAGCGACGACUACGGCCACCCCAUCCAGAACGUCCACCCGGGCGACGGCACCUACCAGUUCGGCUUCCAGACCGAGAACGGCAUCUCACGUAACGAGAACGGCAGCCCCAAGGCCGGCUACGGCAAAUCCGAGUACGGCCAGCCCACCGGCGGCUACGUCCAGCAGGGCGGCUGGAGCUACAGCGACGACUACGGCAACCCCAUCCAGCCCUUCGCCAUCCUCAGCGAGGAGAAUGUCCACCCGGGCGACGGCACCUACCAGUUCGGCUUCCAGACCGAGAACGGCAUCUCACGUAACGAGAACGGCAGCCCCAAGGCCGGCUACGGCAAAUCCGAGUACGGCCAGCCCACCGGCGGCUACGUCCAGCAGGGCGGCUGGAGCUACAGCGACGGCUACGGCCACCCCAUCCAGGUGACGUUUGUUGCCGACGAGAACGGCUACCAGCCGUCCAGCGACAUCCUGCCAACGCCGGUGCCGACCGAGUACCCGCUGCCGAUCGUACCGCAGGCGGCGGCGUAG